AGCCACACUAUCACUAGCUUGGUAGUCAAAUGUUAUUCAGAUCUGUUUUGUGUGCGACUGGCUUUCCUUUCACACUAUUUUCUGAGUAAUUUCGGGAAAGAACACGGACGGAAUUGUGUACGAUCACAGAUGCAAACAGACAGAAAGCAAGGACAAACUACACGUCCGUAAAUAUACUGAAAUUAAAACUGCAAACCGUACCACAGUUGACCAAGUAACUGAGAAAUGUCUGAGUAUUUGGAACCAGGUGAUUUGGUGAUUUUCUAUCGCAAAGGAUAUAGACAUUGGACAGUGUAUUCAUAUGAAGAUCGGGUCAUUAGUUUCACAGAUGAUGGGUGGAUUAGAGAAGUAGAUUUUGAGGUUUCUCAGGAAAAUUCGCAAGUGGCAUGGCAAAGCGAUCCUAGCCCUUUUUCUGGAGUCGAAGUCGUUCACAGAGCGAGAUCUCAACUUGGACAUCGGAAAUUUGGGCGGUUCAACGCACUUGCCAAUAACUGUGAACACUUUUCCAAAUGGUGUCGUUAUAAUGAAGAAAAAAGCACGCAGUCUCAGACUGCAUGGAGUAUAUUUGGAACUGCUAUUUUAACUGCUGUCGGAGGGGCAGUUACAGGAGGAAUGAUAGUGGGGGCAGCAGCAGCUGCAGCAAUAGCUUCAGUAGCAACUGCAACAAUAACUUCAGCAGCAGCCGUUGCAACAGCUACUCUGUCUUCUAGUACUUACAAACUACGCAACACCGGAAGACCAAAGGAAAACCUCAGACGACUGAAAUACCGCUACAAGCGCUACGGCAAUUAGAACACGUCAUGCAUUAUAAUGCUGCUUUUUUUCAGUGAAUAUUUAAAUGGCGGCGUUGUACGCGACUUGCUAUGCCAGUUACCAUUAAAACUCUUUGGCGUAUGUCUUUGCUAAUAGUCUUAAAUAAAGGUCUAUAUUUAUUUAAUUAUUAGUAAUAAAUUUAAGGUAUAUUGUAAAACAAUUUUUAUUACCGUAGUUCCAAGACUAUUAUGCAGCUAGAUGCAUUGUAUAUCGCUGUUCAUGUAUCAAUAUCUAGUGUCAGUCUUUGCUUCAGAUCUUCGUUAUAACUUAACGAGACUAUCACAGAGGUAAGUUAUUUGUAAAAAAUAAUAAUAAUAAUAAUAUAAUAAUAAUAAAUAUUCUGUCAAAUGACUGUCCUCUUGCUUGUAAAUGUGAGUAAUUAAUUUAGUUUCUUCAUGAUUUGUAUUAUUUGUAAUAGUUAUACACACACUUUACAAGGUUUAUCGGUGAACAUCCCUACAGUCGUGGGUUCUGAGUUAUACACCACUUUAGGUCAACUUAAUUAUUAUAUGAUCAGUUCUAUGGCAAAUACGAUCAAUAACUAGAAAGUAGAAAAACAAAUUAAAUGGAAACUAAACUCAAAUAUGAGCCUUAUGUGUUGGAAAGAUGCAUACCCGGACCACUAACACAUACUAACACUUUAAGAAAUGAAAAACGUGUAAUUUUUAAAUUAAUUUUAAAAACCUUAUUAUUUCUGCUAAGUGGGGGCAGCUAUUUUCUUUUGUUUUUGUGGGGUCAGGUAGUAUAGCUUGGAGCGAAGUGACGUCAGCUCCUACCAACUCCAGUAUGCACGGUGAAAACAAACGCAGUAAUUUACGACAAGGCGCUCCGCAUUCAUCAAUCUGACUUGUAAAACAACAUAAAUGACUUGAUAGUAUAAUAAACUAUUUUACUAAAUAUAUUUCAGUUUUCAUUAA